CUUCUGCUCUCAGCGAUGGCGUCUUCUGAUCUGAGGAAGGAGCUGGAAUGUUCCGUCUGUCUGAACAUUUAUACAGAUCCUGUAACCCUGAGAUGUGGACACAACUUCUGCCGGGACUGUAUUGGCCGUGUGUUGGAUACACAGGAGGGGUCUGGAGGUUAUUUCCUGUCCUGAAUGCAGAGAAGAGUUCCAGGGAACGUCCUGCACUGAGGAGGAACAUAAACACUACGUAACAUAGUGGAGAACUUCCAGUCUACCCAUCCAGAGCAGGAGGAGUCCGGGGUCUUCUGUACUCACUGUAUUCACACUCCUGUACCGGCUGUGAAAUCCUGUCUGCAUGUGUGAAGCUUCUCUGUGUGACAACCACCUGAGAGUCCACAGCAAGUCACCAGAACACGUCCUAUGUGACCCCACCACUUCCCUGAAGGACAGGAAAUGCUCCAUCCAUAAGAAGAUCCUGGAGUAUUACUGCACCGAGGACUCCACCUGUAUCUGUGUGUCCUGCAGGCUGGAUGGAGAACAUCGGGGACACCAGGUGGAGACUCUGGAGGAGGCCUCUGAGAUGAAGAAGAAGAAACUGAGGAAUGUUCUGCAGAAACUGAUGACAGAGAGAGAGGAGAUGGAGAAAAGAGUCCAGAGUCUGCAGGAACGCAGGAGGAAAGUACAAGGAAAAGCAGAUGAUGAAACCAAGAGAGUCACUGCCCUGUUCAGAGACCUCAGGAGACGUCUGGAAGACCUGGAGAAGAGAGUCCUGAGGGACAUCUCCGGGUGGGCAGAGCGGGUCUCCCGUCCCAUGUUGGAUUAUAUUCGGGAUCUGGAAAUAAAGAAGGAGGAGCUGUCCAGGAAGAUGAGGGACAUUGAGGAGCUGUGUAACAUGACGGAUCCACUGACUGUCCUACAGGAAUCAGACACAGGUGACUUGUGUGAUACUGAGGAUGGAGAUGAUGAGGACAGAGAGAGACAUGAGAACCUCCUCCAUGAUGGAGGGGAUGGGGAUGUGGGGGGGAUCUCACACACAUUACACACGGGUUUAUCUGAUAUCAUGUCUGGGGUCAAUGUACAGAAAUGUACAGGCACACAUGUCUCUCCACAUUCUACUACAAAGGGCAAAGGUCCCAUCAAUGGUCCACCAUCCAGGCCAGACCCCAAACCCUCCCCCACUGGAGGACCAAAUAUUGGGGCUGUACAGCAAACAUUGGGGGGUGUCGGGGGUUACAGACAUAUUACUGGAUGUGAGGACAGCUGGUAAUUAUCUACAUAUAUCAGAUGACGGGAAAACUGCAUCCAAGUCAUCACAUCAGAAUCGGCCAGA